GGGCUGCAGCCCCGGGCGGCACUCGCGGCCCACCAGAGGCCCACCGUCGCGCCCAGCCCCAAAUCCCAACCCUAGCUCCAGCCUCCAGCCGCCGCAGCUCCUCUCUAGGCUCCACUGCUCCAGCCGCCGCGCCUCCUGCCUGGCUGCCUCUUGCCUGGCUGCCUCCUCUGUCCUCUCCACGACUCCACUUCUCCAGUCUGAGCAGUCUCCAGCGACCAGAGGCAGCGCCGCAGCGCGCUCGGCCGCUCGCCGUUCCGCGCGGCCGCGCCUCCUCUCCAGCGUCGCGCCGCGCCUCCUCUCCAGCGCCAGCCCGCCACCGCGGCACCGCCAGGCGCCCUGCCGGCCAGCCGGCCAGCCAGAGCCAGGCGCGCAACGCGCUCGACCGCCGACCGCCGACCGCACACCGCAGCACGGGACUACGGGAGCAGCCGAGGCCCGACCGCCCGAGAAAUUCAAGAUAAAAGAUUUUGAAGCAUUUUCAAGUCUUAAGAACUCGGAAGAUAAAUUUACCUUGCAUCAUCAUCUCAUGAACGAGAAGCAUGCAGUCGUGUAAGUCCUGCGAUCCUAACUGAUUAUGCACUCCAAUGGGCUGCGGAGCACAAAGGGGAGAAAAACAAAAACGAGUGGGAGGUGGCCGUGGGCCAUGUUGCUGCUGCUGACGAGGCGGCGCGACCCAUAGUAAAGGCGUACAACAGCUCACCUCCCUCGUCCAGCUCCAGCCGCCGUCAGGCUUCCGACGCAACUUCUAACUCCGUUCGCCUCCAGGCGACACCAUCGCCCGCUGGCACGCCGCCACAGCAGCAGGUUAACACAAUUUGGCCCGGAGCUUAGUUGAAUCCUGCUUCCGCCACUGCGGACAACCAUGGCGUCGUCGAAGCUGCAGCUGCCUGCUGACGACAGCGUCCUCCUGCUCAUCACCCACUCCAAUCUCACCACCUUCGCAGCGGACAUCCGCGUCUCGCAACAGACCACCGUGGAGGCGCUCAAGGACAAGCUCUGGCGCAAGACCGGCACCGCCGUCGCUUCCAUGCGCCUCCAGCUCCGCGACGACUCCGGCACCAAGAUCGCCGACCUCGACGACGACGCCGCGCCACUCGCGGCCUACGCCCCCUACAACGGCUACCGGAUCCAUGUCGUUGAUCUCGACCCUUCCUCACUCACCUCAGGGGGUUGGUUGGAAGACACUUCCCUUGUCGACAAGUACACAAUGUCCGAUGAAACAUACGAUAAGCUCGACACUAACUUUCGAAAAUUCAAAGAAAAGAUGGUCCCGAAAAACUCUCCGUCAGAGGAUAAAGAAGAAUCAGAAAAGCAUAUGGAGGAACUAUGCUCCAAAAUCAAGGUGGGUGAUAGAUGUGAAGUUGAGCCUGGUGCCAAGAGGGGCACUGUAAAAUUUGUUGGUAGAGCUGAAGCCCUUGGACGUGGAUUCUGGGUUGGAGUGCAAUAUGAUGAGCCACUUGGGAAGCAUGACGGCAUGGUGAAAGGCAUUCGCUUCUUUGAGUGCCCUCAAGGUCAUGGGGCAAUUGUGAGGCCAGAGAAAGUAAAGGUUGGCGACUUCCCGGAGAGAGACCCAUUUGAAGACGAGGACGAUGACGAGAUUUGAGUGCGUGUGCGUUUGGAAAAGCAAGGGGAAUGUCCUUGUUGAAUUGCAUUCGAAACGUGUGUAAAAUGAAUUCGGAGAUUUGAGUGUGCGCGCUUGCUUGCAUCUUCUUGGGCAAUCAUAGUGAUCACAUUUCAAGGCAUGCUGUUACAUCUCUACUAUUUAAGCGUGAGCUAAUAAAUUUUCCCUCCAACGCAGAGUAUCCAAAAAAUGGGGUGGAUUCGAAUCCUGCUCACUUGUAUAAAGCGCAUGACUUCUACCACUAUAACUUAUUUCUGUCUGUGUUAUAUAAAUUAGAGAUAUUUUGUGUGUA